AUGAAUGAUGGCAAUAACAACAAAGAGGCCAAAGGCAAACGGGUAAUUCUUCCUUCAACUUUUCCAAAUUCUCCAAGAAAUAUGCACCAAAAAUGUGCUGAUGCGAUGUCUAUUUUUUCACACUUUGGACUUCCUGAUCUUUUCAUUACAUUUACCGCAAAUCCCAAGUGGCAAGAAAUUGUUGAAAAUUUAAAACCCGGUGAAGAAGCAAUUGAUCGUCCUGAUAUAGUAUCCAGGGUAUUUCAUUUGAAAAUGAAUUACCUGUUAAAGCAUAUUACAGAUGAUGGGAUUUUUGGAACUGUAAUUGCGUGGGUGUAUGUUAUUGAAUUUCAAAAAAGAGGUCUUCCACAUUCACAUAUAUUAGUUGUUCUUGCUAAUGACUAUAAACUUAAAGAUCCAGAGAGCGUCAAUGCCACAAUUUCUGCCGAAUUCAGUCAAGACCAAGAAACGCAAGAGUUGGUAAAAACGUUUAUGGUACAUGGACAAUGUGGAACAGAUAACCCAAAAGCCCCUUGCAUGUCAGAAAAGGGUUGUUCUAAGCAUUUUCCAAAGGAAUUUUGCAAUGAAACAAUAUUGACAAAUGGAUUUCCUAAGUAUCAAAGACGUCAAUGUGCGCCAGUUAUUGUUCGAGGGAAGAAAGUUGACAAUAGUAUGGUAGUGCCAUAUAAUCCAUAUUUAUUGAAAAGGUUUAAUGCUCAUAUAAAUGUGGAAUGCUGCAGUGGAUUAAUCGACAGUGAAGAUGAGUGGGACAAAACAUUUUCAGAAGCUAUAGAGAUGGAAAUGCCCCAUCAAUUAAGAGAACUUUUUGUGUUUGUAUGUACGAUUAAUAAUACAUUUGAUGCUUUGUCUGUAUGGGAUAAAUAUCACAUUCAAAUGGCUCAAAAUUUUCUACAAGAGGGGAGAAGUCAAAAAGAAGCCGAUAUAUCAGCUUUAAUAGAAAUUGAGAACAUGCUUAGAGAAAGUGAAAAAUCACUUUUGAAUUUCGGCUUCAAUUUAAGCUCGAUAAUUGACCAAAAUGUAGAUACUAUUGUCAAUGUGGAUGAUGUACCAUUUGAAGAAGAAGUAGAUUCUAGAAUUAACAAAUUAAAUGAACAACAAAGAACGGCUUAUGAUACAAUAAUGCGUGCACUAAAUGAAGAAUCCAAUGAAUGUAAAUGUUUCUUUGUUGAUGGACCAGGUGGGUCGGGAAAAACAUUUCUGUAUAACGUUUUGAUUGAUAAAGCUUUGACACUUUCAAAGUCGGUCAAAACUUUUGCUUUUAGUGGGAUUGCUUCAACGUUGAUAAAGGGUGGAAGGACUCUUCAUAGUACUUUUAAGCUUCCAUUAAAUUGCGAUGAAACAAAUAAAUGUAAUUUAUCUAUUGAAGGACCUGAUGCAGAACCUUUUGUGUUUGUGGAUUUGAUUCUUAUUGAUGAGAUAUCAAUGGUACCAAAACGUGUGUUAAUGGCUAUUGACGAAUAUUUACAAGAUGUCAUGGGAAACAAUAUGCCUUUUGGAGGAAAGGUUGUUGUAUUGGGUGGUGACUUUCGUCAAACUUUACCCGUUGUACCAUUUGGGUCAAAGGCGGAAAUCAUUGAUUGUUGUGUAAAAAAGUCUUAUAUAUGGAAAGAAUUCAAAAAAUUGAAACUUACAACAAACAUGAGAAGUGAAGGACAAAUUAAAUUCAACAAGUGGCUUCUUUCAAUUGGAAAUGGAGAAUUGGUUGAUGUUGAAAUACCAAAAAACAUGUUGAGUCAUGAUCUUAUUAAUGAAGUUGUCGAUUCAAAUAACUCCGAAAAAGGAGAGGCUGCCAUUGUUACAAUAGAAUUCUUGAACACUUUGUGUCCUUCUGGACUUCCUCCACAUGAAUUACUUCUUAAAGUUGGAUCGAUAGUGAUACUUUUGAGAAAUAUUCAACCUUCCAUGGGAUUAUGUAAUGGAACACGCCUUAUUAUUACAAAACUAUUUGAACAUUCCAUUGAAUGUCAAUUCACAACAAAUGAUAAACGAAUUGUGAUUCCAAAAUUCAAAUUCGAACCUACAGAACAAAAUUGGCCAUUCAAAUUUACAAGGAUACAAAUACCUGUUGUACCAGCAUUUGCAAUGACUAUAAAUAAAGCACAGGGCCAGUCAUUUACAAGAGUUG